GGCCAUGUUGACGUUACCAUAUGUCUAUGGUAACGGCUAUCAAGCAAUAAAGCAUGAGCUAUGGUAACGGCUAUCUAGCAAUAAAGCAUGAGCUUCAUGUUCCUGUGAGUAACAUUAGAAUCCGAAACGUCAAAUAGGAACUCGGGUGAAGAUGGUUUCAAACUUGAAUUUUACAGAAUAACUUCAGAGAGAUUAAGAAGGAACAAGGCAUUAGCAAUGCUACUAAUAGAUACCUACUGAAGAUAAUACGAGCAGCUACGACACUCCGUCUAGGUGUCUUUGGAUGUUCUUUCAGAUUCAACGGAGAAAACAAAAAAUGGAGGAGAUAAAAACUGAGCCUGUGGAUUUCGUGAAAGAGUUUCAGGAAUACCUAACCCAGCAAACUCAGCAUGUCAACAUGAUUUCGGGUUCUGUUUGUGGAGAAAAAGAGACAACGGAGCCGUUCCAUGCCGUUGCCCCGAGAUGUGAGCACAAUGUCCUGGACCCUCCUUCUGUGGAGGUGAGCCUGCCAAUGGAGGAUGGAUCAGAUAUACAAGUGGAGAGUCUGGAGAGAACUUGCGAUGGGAAAUACAAGUGCAGCUACUGCAGCUAUGCUAACAAGGGCAUGGCUCGUUUAAUAGAGCACAUACGCAUCCACACAGGUGAAAAGCCUCACCGCUGCCAGCUGUGCCCGUUUGCUUCAGCAUACGAGCGCCACCUGGAAGCGCACAUGCGCUCCCACACGGGAGAGAAGCCCUACAAGUGUGACCUCUGCGCCUUCCGAUGCAGCGACCGGAGCAACCUGUCACACCACCGCCGCCGCCGCCACAAGCUUCUGCCCACCAGAGUGGCCCGUUCCCCUUUCGCCAACAAGAGGAUGCUGAGCUCUUUGCAGAAGAGGACGGGCUCUCUUGGAUUCGGUCGACGGCUCCUGAUCAAUCUCAGCCCUCCCUCAGUCGUCUUGCCCAGGUCCGACUAUUUUAGCGAGUUUUCACACAAAAUCCACCAGUUGAAUGGCAGCGAAUACAAAACGCCCCCUAAGACUGAUGAGAACGAGAGCCAGAGCCGGGGUGAAAACGGCUUUAGAAACUCGCUGGAUCAGCUUUCUGCUCUUGCGGGAGAGGACUUUGAGGCUCUCGCUGAGCCUCAAAGUCCUGCGUCCACCGACAGGCAGUCCUUAACGGACGAAAAACCGAUCCUGGUGGAGCAGGUGGCAGUCUGCUCCAACGGCGUGCAGACGUCUCCGCCUAAAGAAUCCCCCACCUCAGGUCAUAAAAGCUACAGUCCUGCAUCUGGCUGUGGCAUGGAUGCUAACAUCAACACUUGGAAUGGCAGUGUUAGCAACAGCCUGGCGAGCACACCAACGCCCGCUGCAAAUGCUCCAAGCGAAGAAGAGCAAAACCUUUUGCACAGAUGCCAGCAUUGUGAUAUCCGCUUUUCUGAUAACAUAAUCUAUACCAUUCACAUGGGCUGCCACGGCUACGAACAUCCAUUCCAAUGCAACAUCUGUGGUCAUAUGUGCAUGGACAAAUACAAUUUUGCGUGCCAUUUUGCCCGUGGACAACAUAAGAAGUGAAAUAAGUACACAGAAACCUAAUGAAAUUGAAGUUACGGAUUUCCUGUGCUUUUAUUCUGAUUUGUCACGUCAAAUCAAUAAACCUCAAUGUAUUGCCUUUUUUUUUUUUUUUUAAAGGCUAACACAAUGUGGUGCCUCAAUUUGAAGUUAAAUGAAGCCGAUAUGUGGUUUUAUUGAAUACAACACAGACACUUCACUCCCACCCAUUACCUUUCGUGGAAACAGAGCACUGUUCAUUGCGUUACCUGACAAUGAAAAGAAUACAAUACAGCUGGAAACCAGAUAAGGCUUCCCCCCUUAACUGAAAAGCCAAGUACACUGGAGCAGCUGCAGACACCCAGAGCUCAGGUUGAAAGGACUGUUGUAAUGUAAGAGGCGCCUAUUCCAUGGUAUAACAUUGUGGAGGGAGCAUUAUGGUGAGGGCUUGCGUUUCUUCAGCAGGGACAGAGAAAACUGCUGAGUUAAUGUGACGAUGGACUGAACUAAAUACUAGAAGAAAACGACAUGUGACUAAGUGGAUGUUCAUCUUCCUGCAGGAGAAACAGCCAGAUCUACAAUGGAAUGGUUUAUAUCAAAGCAUACUUAUGUAUUAGAGAACAUAACUAACUGAAAAUCUAUGAAUAGACUUAAAAGCUGAUGUUCAGAUGUUUCUAACCAUUCUGAUUGAGGUUGAGCUGUUUUGGAAUAAAUGAUUAAAAAAAAAAAAAACUGAAGGUGUCUUGAUGCGCAAAGCUGCUAGAGACAUAACGCAAAUGUAAAUAACUUGCAGCUGUAAGUGCAGCACCAGGUGAUUCUCAGCGACUCAGAGGGAUGAAUAAAAAUGAAUACCACA